GUAUGUUUACAAAACAUUUUAAGAAACAAAAUUAGAUUUCAUUAUCGAAAACCCAUUUAAGCUCUGGGGACGCUUGUCAGCAAAUUCUGUUCCCUUAGAAAUGUUUAGUCAGUUUGUCGUGCAGUUCUUAUUUUUGGUUUUUGUUCCACUGUUUAUAGAUGCUGAUGGUUACCUAAAAUGGGAUGGACAAUGUGGUGGAGAAAAACAACCAAGCCAAUGGUAUCCUCGGCCAGUUGCUUUGCACGUUGGAAACGAGUGUUAUCCUUUCAAACCGGACGAUGGAUCCUCCGAUAUACCAAUUUUUCCCGACCGGAAUGACAUGUGUUGUGCAUGCCCUAACAAACCCAGCAGACCUCCGGCUUGGCCGCCUGGGGUUCAUGAAGUGACACCUCCACCGAAACUAACUUUAACUCCCAAACCGGGCGUGGGGACAACCGAUAGGCCGAUUCCACCAGGAACAAAACCCAGUGUAGAUAAAGACGGUAUGCCAAUUCCACCGGGUCCUGGAACAAAACCUAGUGUAGACAAGGACGGCAAGCCAAUUCCACCAGGCACUUCAGGAGAAACUGGAGUCGGUGGUCCUGGGACAAAACCGACUGUAGACAAAGACGGCAAGCCAAUUCCACCUGGCCCUGGAGCAAAACCGACUGUAGAUAAAGACGGUAAACCAAUUCCACCAGGCACUUCAGGAGAAACUGGAGCCGGUGGUCCUGGAACUAAGCCAAGUGUAGAUAAAGACGGCAAGCCAAUUCCUUCAGGUCCUGGAACGAAGCCAAGUGUAGAUAAAGACGGUAAGCCAAUUCCACCAGGCACUUCAGGAGAAACUGGAGCCGGUGGUCCUGGAACUAAGCCAAGUGUAGACAAAGACGGUAAACCAAUUCCACCAGGUCCUGAAUCAAGACCUAGUGUAGACAAAGACGGCAAACCAAUUCCACCAGGUCCUGGAACGAAGCCAAGUGUAGAUAAAGACGGCAAGCCAAUUCCACCAGGCACUUCAGGAGAAACUGGAGUCGGUGGUCCUGGAACAAAACCGACUAUAGAUAAAGACGGUAAGCCAAUUCCACCGGGUCCUGGAACAAAACCUAGUGUAGACAAAGACGGUAAACCAAUUCCAGUAGGUCCUGGAACAACACCCAGUGUAGACAAAGACGGUAAGCCAAUUCCUCCUGGUCCUGGAACAAAACCUACUGUAGAUAAAGACGGUAAACCAAUUCCACCAGGCACUUCAGCAGAAACUGGAAUCGGUGGUCCUGGAACAAAACCGACUGUAGACAAAGACGGCAAGCCAAUUCCACCUGGCCCUGGAGCAAAACCGACAGUAGACAAAGACGGUAAACCAAUUCCACCAGGUCCUGGAACAAAGCCAAGUGUAGAUAAAGACGGUAAGCCAAUUCCUCCUGGUCCUGGAACACAACCUAGUGUAGAUGAAGACGAUAAGCCAAUUCCACCAGGCACUUCAGGAGAAACUGGAGCCGGUGGUCCUGGAACUAAGCCAAGUGUAGACAAAGACGGUAAACCAAUUCCACCUGGACUUGGAGCAAAACCUACUGUAGAUAAAGACGGCAAACCAAUUCCACCAGGUCCUGGAACGAAGCCUAGUGUAGAUAAAGACGGUAAACCAAUUCCACCAGGCACUUCAGGAGAAACUGGAGCCGGUGGUCCUGGAACUAAGCCAAGUGUAGAUAAAGACGGCAAGCCAAUUCCACCUGGUCCUGGAGCAAAACCUAGUGUAGAUAAAGACGGUAAACCAAUUCCACCAGGUCCUGGAACAAAACCUAGUGUAGACAAGGACGGCAAGCCAAUUCCACCAGGCACUUCAGGAGAAACUGGAGUCGGUGGUCCUGGAACAAAACCGACUGUAGAUAAAGACGGUAAGCCAAUUCCACCGGGUUCUGGAACAAAACCUAGUGUAGACAAGGACGGCAAGCCAAUUCCACCUGGUCCUGGAGCAAAACCAGCUGUAGACAAAGACGGUAAACCGAUUCCAGCAGAUCCUGGAACAAAACCAAGUGUAGAUAAAGACGGUAAACCAAUUCCAGUAGGUCCUGGAACAACACCCAGUGUAGACAAAGACGGUAAGCCAAUUCCUCCUGGUUCUGGAACAAAACCUGCUGUAGAUAAAGACGGCAAACCAAUUCCACCAGGCACUUCAGGAGAAACUGGAAUCGGUGGUCCUGGAACAAAACCAAAUGUAGACAAAGACGGCAAGCCAAUUCCACCUGGCCCUGGAGCAAAACCGACUGUAGAUAAAGACGGUAAGCCAAUUCCACCGGGUCCUGGAACAAAACCUAGUGUAGACAAGGACGGCAAGCCAAUUCCACCAGGUCCUGGAACAAAACCUAGUGUAGAUAAAGACGGCAAGCCAAUUCCAUCUGGUCCUGGAACACAACCUAGUGUAGACAAGGACGGCAAGCCAAUUCCACCAGGUCCUGGAACAAAACCAAGUGUAGACAAAGAUGGCAAGCCAAUUCCACCAGGUCCUGGAACACAGCCAACUAUAGACAAAGACGGUAAACCGAUUCCAGCAGAUCCUGGAACAAAGCCAAGUGUAGAUAAAGACGGUAAGCCAAUUCCAUCUGGUCCUGGAACAAAACCAAGUGUAGACAAGGACGGCAAGCCAAUUCCACCAGGUCCUGGAACAAAACCAAGUGUAGACAAAGAUGGCAAGCCAAUUCCACCAGGUCCUGGAACACAGCCUAGUAUAGACAAACACGGUAAACCAUUUCCACCAGGUCCUGGAACACAGCCUAGUGUAGACAAAGACGGUAAACCAAUUCCACCAGGUCCUGGAACAAAACCUGGUGUAGACAAAGACGGCAAGCCAAUUCCACCUGGCAAAACGGGAGAAUCUGGACUCGGUAGUCCUGAAACACCCCCUAGCGAAGAUAAAGACAGUAAAUCGGGCAUACUGGGAGAAGAAAUAAUCGUUGUUGGAACAACAACACCCAGUACAGGUAAAAACGGUAAACCGGGAGAACCUGGAAGCGGUGGUGCUGGAACCACUCCUAGUGGAGCUGCCAAAACAGCAAAACCUGGAAAACGUCCAACCAAGAAACCACCGGGUAAAAUGCCAAAGGGCAAAGACAAACCACAUGAUGAAGGACCGCUGGGCAAAAAGGCUACGAAAAAACCAAACUUGAAGCCAACACCGAACAUCCAGCGUAAGCUCGAUAAACUGAUUGAUGAUAUCGAGGAUAACAAGUGUGACCCGUAAGCACCCGUUGUUAAAUGGGGAGGAGGAAAGAUUAGUUUGCUAAGUAGAGUUAGUCAAUAAAGUGGCGUUGAUGUACGAAUAUAACGAGGUAAAGAAU